GAGAAAGGAAAGAUUCCUUCUACCGAAGUAGCAACGAAGCAACAGUACUUCGAGAUUAUUCUUUCUUUGACUCGUGUAGAAGAAAAAGAAGAAAGAAUGACGGAGGUAGAAAAGAGAAAAAAAAAAGAAAAAAAAACGAAAGAGAGAGAGAGAGAGAGGGAAUUUCUUGUACAAUAUCACGUUAUUACGGUUCUACGCGUUCUCGAAUUUUCUACCGUUACAAGAAGAGAGAGAGAGAGAGAGAGACAGAGAGAGAAGAGGAAAGGCGUCUCUCUCACCCGGCACGAACGCGGCAAGGCCGAGAGAAGGAACAGUAAAAUUGUGGAGAAUGUGUACGCGCCAUCAGGGUGGCCUAGAUUCGGUCAAGACCUGCUUUCUAGGCAGCAUUUCUCUUUAUCACCGGCUACGCCGGUGUAG